AUGGGGAGCAAGAUGGAGUCCUGCUCCCUGAGCCCUACAGCUGGGCCAACUCCAUUCCAGCUUCUCAGCAAGACACCCUGCACACCACAGGAAGUCGGCAAUGCCUCCCAGGGCCUCAGGGACACGAGAGUGCCCACUUCCGUGCUGCGCUGGCUCUUGCUUCCCUCAAGCCUUCUGGCUGCAGCCACACUGGCCCUGAGCCCCCUGCUGCUGGUGACCAUCCUGCGGAGUCAGCAGCUACGUCACCAGCCCCACUACCUGCUCCUGGCCAAUAUCCUGAUCUCGGAUCUUGCCUACAUUCUCUUCCACACACUCAUCUCCUCCAGUAACCUGGGUGGCUUGGAGUUGGGCCGCAUUGUCUGCGGUAUUCUCAGGGAUGGUGUCUUUGCUGUCUACAUCAGCACCGUCUUGUCCUUCACAGCCACUGUGCUGCAUGCCUACCUGGCAGUCUCUCAUCCUCUGUACUACAUGUCCUUCAUGUCUGGCAAGACUGCCCGGAAGACAGUGGCCAUUAUCUGGCUGGUGGCCUGCUUCUUCCCUACGUUUCUCCUUUGGUUUGCCAAGCAGCAGGAUGCCAAGCUGGAGGUACAAGGGGCCUCAUGCACCCUGCCACUGAGCCUGGACACCAACCAGAAUCACGGCCCCCUCGUCACGAUCACCCACGCCUGCACCUUGUGUGUUCUCUUUCUCUGUGCAGCUCUCAUCACCUUCUGCUUCUGGAGGAUUUACAUCGAGGCCAGGCCUUCCGGUGUGUGUGCACAGGGCUACUCCCGAGCCAGGGGCACCCUGCUCAUCCACAUGGUGCUGAUCACACUGUAUGUUGGUGCAGGGGUGGUGUUCUCCUUGGAUGUGAUGCUGACCAAGUACCACCACAUCAGUGCUAGCACUCAUUCAUGGAUCCUGGCAGCCAACAGUGAAGUGUUCAUGAUGCUUCCCCGUGCCAUGCUCCCAUACCUGUACAUGCUCCGCUACCGACCACUUCUGGGGGUGGUCCGGGGCCACUUCUCACCCAGGAGGCAGGGAGACAUCUAUACCAUUUCGCAAACCUACCAAGUCCACAAUUCUUCAGGCUGA